AUGGUUGUUCCAAAUGAAGUUAAAGAUAUAGGAAUAGCUUGUAAAAGGUUUCUCUUCACAACAGAGUUCUUGGGCUUUCUUAUUCUAACAUUAUUUUAGAAUGAGAUGGUUCUGCCAAUUGGAAUUAGAUUAUUGAUUGAAGCUAUUUUGGCAGCCUAUUUCUACAUAAAUUGUAGUGAUUCUCCAGGCAGUCCAUUAUCAGGUGAUGAUGAUCAGGAAUUGUCAUAAUUCUCCAUUUCAACUUCACAAAGAGAUAAUUCUCAAUAAGAAUCAUAAAUCCCUGAAAGAAAUGUCUGUCAGGAAUGCAAGAUAAUUCAGCCAUUUAGAACGAAACAUUGUCAAAAAUGCAAGAAAUGCAUUCCCAAAUAUGAUCAUCAUUGCUUUUGGGUAGGAGGUUGUAUCGGUGAGUUAAAUCAUAGAACAUUCUGGCUAUUUUUAUUUUUUUAAUGCUUACUCUGCUUUGAUGGAUUAUUUCAAUUCAAUAAAUAACUGGGUCUCUAUUCAAUUUAUGAAGAAGAACAAAGUGAUAAUAAAUAUAAGUAUUAAUAUUUUAUGAUAUUGUUGUUCGGAACAAUAUCGUUUGGAUUUGGUAUUUUUACAGGGGCCUUAUUCUUAUAUCAUACUAUGCUGAUUAUAACUGGACAGACAACAUGGGAACACACAAAAAGGGAUAAAAUUACAUAUUUGAAGUUUUAUCCGAAAUUUUAUCAUCCUUACAAUUAUGGAUUGAUAAAAAAUAUCAGGCUUUUGUUUUUUCAUAGAAAUGUGUAAUCCCAUUGGAUUCCACCAUAAAAAGAUUAAAUUUAGGAGUAGUGUAAUAUAUUUGAUAACAAGUAUUACUCGUGUUGUUGA